GGAAAUCUCUGUAUGUGAAGAGGCUGCAUGAGAGACUGCAAGAAGAGCAGCCUGACUGCACAGAACUUCUGAAAACCAUCAGACUGAUUGAACCAGAAGUGGAUGAAGAUAAAGUGCUAAAAUCUCUCCUGCCUUUUCUGAAGAGAGAACACCAGACAAAGCCCAUGAUAUUCCAUUUUGAUAUCACCUCCUCAGUGCAGCGUGGAAUUCCAGAGUUUCUCUUCAAGCUGUUGGUUUUGCAGUACCUGACAGAUAAUAAUGGCAACAUGUGGCUACGGCAGAAGUGUCAUCUGUACAUCAUUGAAAUCCUGGAGGGGUCCCCAGUGCCAAAGACAGCAGCCAGACCUAUGUCAGUGAGCCAGAAGUAUCACUUCUUGGAUGUGUUCCCUAAAAUAACGUGCAAGUCUCCCAAAGAAGUGCUAGAAAUGGAGACACUUGGGAACAGUUCUGGGGAUGUGGGAAUGGACAAGGAGGAAUUUUGCAGUGAGGCUUUCCAGAGACCCUUCCAGUACCUGAAGAGGUUUGACCGGGGCUGUGACCUGGACACGUUCUGGUACGAGGCGCUCUCGGUGGAAGGCAGCCCUGCAGAAUGCCUGCAGCUCUUCCUCCUGCACUGCGGGGUCAUGGAUCCCUCCUGGGCAGAGCUCCGCAACUUCACCUGGUUCCUCAACAUUCAGCUGAGAGACUGCGAAGCCUCUGUCUUCUGCAACCCUGACUUUGUCCAAGACACUUUGAAUGGCUUCAAGAACUUUGUGGUUGGCUUCAUGAUUUUAAUGGCGCGGGAUUUUGCGACGCCCUCCCUGAGCAUUUCCGACCAGAGUUCAGGAAGACGAUCCUCCCACCUGGAGAACGUCGCCGAGGAAGAUCUGCUUCCUUUCCGCAUCAGGAAGAAGUGGGAGUCAGAGCCUCAUCCCUACCUGUUUUUCAAUGAGGAUCGUGUGUCCAUGACAUUCAUUGGUUUCCACUUCCAGCAGAACGGGAAUGCCUGCGCGCGGCUGGCCCUGCUCAACUGUGCCACCCCCGACGCCGUCAUCCGCCUCUGCAACUCCGUGGGGGUGUUCAUGGCGCACUCCCUGGCCCACACCUACUUCAGGCAGCAGCAGCACACCUCCUUCGCCGACUUCCUGGGCGCCCACGUGCGUGCAGAGGCUGGGCCCCAGACUGCCUUCACCGAG